CAGCUACACUAACACCACAGCACAUAUCCAAAUGGCAUAAAUGUACGAGAACGGAACGAGCUAAACGUCGAAUUCGAUUAGAGGGGCAGUAAGAUAAGACGAAUGAGUAGCAAACGACACAGACGAUACGAGCAACGGCAGCAAAAAUUCCGUUCUAUCUGAACAAAAGAAAGGCAGAGAAAAAAUUGAAAUUGUUUGAAGAACAAGAAAGUGGAAAAGUGGAAAUAGAAGGAAAAAAAACUAGUUUCAUGUGCAAAGAGAACAGUGUUGUUGAACAAGCAUUAAUUGCUUUGCGAUUGAAAAUUUGUGUGAAAUAGCCCAAAAUGAGGUAAAAGAAGUAUGUGUGUGUUUGGUGACAAAUCCCGUAGUGAAAACACAGGCUCGAUGGAUUGUUUUUUUUCUUUCAUGCAAAAGCAAAUUGGCCAUUCAUGUGUGUUCUCAUCAUAAAAACUCAUUGAUUUACGCUUAUUAUUUACCGUGUGUUUGUGUCGCAUAAUAACAUUUACAUUAUUUCUAGUGGUGUGUGGCUGCUGCAGCGACAGCUUAUAGUAUUUUCAUCCUGGUGAUGGUAAAACGGUGUCUAUUCAUUUCAUUCAUGCCAUGGAUUAACUGUUUCCUCUUCUGUUCGUUCAAUUCAUAAUAGUAUAAUCGAAACAACAACAAUAACACACAAACACGAAACAGCACUAGAAAAAGAACUAAAAGACUGGAAUCUAUUGGUUUUUGAACAUUGGAUCCUCUAACCAUUAAACUAUCAAUUUGUUUGUGUGUGUUUGAUUGCAUAUUUACAUUUUGUAUUGUGUGUGUGCCAUAAUAACAUCAAUGUGAUCAUCUUCUUUUUCCUCGGUUAUCGGAAACAAAAUUACUACGCACAUCAAGCAAACGAAACAUUUCAUUCGUUUGUUGAAUAAAACCAAACCGUAUAGAACAAAAGACAAAUACACGCACCAAACAAUACAGCCGAUUAAAUUGCGUGUAUAAAUUUUGUUCAAGACAUAUUAAUCAAAAUCAAUUAUUGUUUUCCAUUGUGAAUUUUUCUUCCAUUCAUUCGUUCGUUCGUUGGCUUGUGUUAAAAAUUUUUUUUUCCUCUUUACUCAUUUCCUGUGUACGUUGUGCUAGUUUGUGUGCGCGACUGAACUGUGAAUGCAGUAGUCGAACCGUAUUCCUGCUUUUGUUGUUGUCGUGCUCGUCGCUCGUUGUUAUUAUUGUGAUUCUAUAUCAGUCUCACUCACUGGAUAUGUCAACGUCGUCGUCGUCGUAGUCGUUUCAUAUAGCAAAUAUGGUUUGUCUUUCCAUUCAUAUUUAUGUUACGCAUUCAAGUGUAUGAGUGCCCUGUGUGUGAGUCAUCGUCAAGCACCAUCAAGAUACAUAUAUAAAUGUGAUAGAAGAACAGAAAACAAAUUAUAUACUCAUCAGCGAAAAAAAAACAAAGAACAUAUACAAAAGAAAUUUUAAACACCACCAACAACAAUAAAAACAGCAAAAAUUUACAUUGAAUGACAACGAACUAGAAUCACUUCCAUACAUUGCAAACACUAUGAUAAUUACUCACUCACAAUUGGUCUAUAUUGGUAAUAGUGUAUGGCUGUGCGAGUGUCAACAUUAAAAAAAAAAAAACGAAUUAAUAUCACACAUCUUUAGCACUAGUUUAGUAUACCCAUUUUAACUGAACAUUUGUGAUUGUUCCAUCAUGUUUGCCGGAGUAUUGUGGCUUCCAAAUUAAUUACGCACAAAAACAAACCCGAAUCAAAUUCACAUAACGCAAAAAACCAUCAAUUUUUAUUUAAAACAAAAAUCGCAUUUGGGUGGGGGUCAUCACUCGAGUAACUCGAGUGUCAAGAAUUGGUUUUGUUUUCAAUUUCACAUUUGAGCGGAAGUUAUUAAUAACAAAAAAAUAAAUAUCAAUCAUGGCCGAUCUUAUAAGAAUGGGUGGACUCGUGGGCAUUCCAGUUCCAAAGGAUCGCAUGGAUACACCGUCAUCUGGAUCAGAGGAUGAGGGUGGAGUUGGUGUUGACCUUGCUGACUUGGCACAAGAAUUAGAUCAAGACGAAUUUGACGGCCCAAUGCUCAUUAACGGUGAUCGACCGGCGAUUAUUGCGCCACCGGAGAGUGAAUGGUAUCAUGGUAGAUUGGAUCGAUAUAGUUCGGAGCAACGUUUACGAAAUGCCAGUAAAUUGGGCAGUUACUUAGUUCGAGAGAGUGAUCGAAAGCCUGGCUCCUAUGUGCUGAGCUAUUUGGGUCGAACGGGUAUCAAUCAUUUCAGGGUAACCGCAGUUUGCGGUGAUUAUUACAUCGGAGGUCGACAGUUUGUGUCUCUCAGCGAUUUGGUUGGAUACUACACAUCGUGUAGUGAUCUAUUGAAACGCGAGCGAUUGAUUUAUCCCAUUCCACCACCUGAGCCUGUCAACGAUAAAAAGCGAGUCGUCGCCAUACUGCCAUACGCCAAAAUGCCCGAUACCGAUGAAUUGACUUUUCAAAAGGGCGAUAUUUUCUUCGUUCACAAUGACAUGGGUGAUGGUUGGCUUUGGGUGACGGCACAUCGAACCGGUGAACAAGGCAUGAUAUUUUGUGAACUGGUCGAAGAUCUCGAUGUAUCCAUUGAUCCGAAUACGGUGUUCCCAUGGUUUCAUCCGAAUUGCACAAAGAACGAAGCAGUCGAUAUGUUAGUCAAAGCAGGCCCUGGUAGUUUUCUCGUACGCCCCAGCGACAAUUCACCCGGGGACUAUUCACUCUUUUUCCACAUCAACAAUCAAAUUCAACGAUUCCGUAUUGAAAAGAAAGGUGUACGAUAUUUAAUGGGCGGUCGUACAUUUGAAUGUUUGGACGCCGUUAUAAAUCGGUAUCGCAAGGAACAAAUUGUCGAAGGUCAUUGCUUAAACCAUCCAGUUGUGAAUGGUAAUCAAACGGAGUUCAGCCAACAAACGGCUGCUUCGAUUGCAGCGGAGAAAAUUUAUGCGACACUGCGCGAAUGUCGCGACCAAAUAGGCCUGAAGAAAAUCAAAGGUAUCAAACAUACCGGUUACUUGUGGAAAAAGUCCGAUAAAACGGCCAAAUGGAAGCAAUUGUAUUUCGCUUUGUUGAACGAAGGCACCGAAACCCAUUUGUGCUUUUAUGACAAUCCAAAGAAGACAAAGCCAAAGGGUUUGAUCGAUUUGUCAUGCGCUUAUUUGUAUCAAACGCAUGAAUCGCUCUGGGAUCGCCCGUAUUGUUUCCAAAUCGUCGAACGUGCCCUACCAUGUUUGGCAACUGUGACAUUUUUGUGCGCAAAUAACCAAGACAGUUACACGGAAUGGAUAAACGCCGUGAAACCGCAGUGUGUGUCUCAGUUGGGAAAAACACAAACGGUCAACUUGAAAUUGAGAGAGUUGCGCAGUUUGAAUUUGCAAAUUUUGGAGGCACAUCGGUUGCCAUUUAAAUUAGUGCCACAGGCCUAUUGCAGCAUUGCAUUUAAUCAAGUGAAAAUAGGUAAAACACGCAUGAAGUCUGCACCCGAUCCCGUGUGGGAAGAGGAAUUUAUUUUGGACGACGUUCCACCCGAUGUGGUUACCAUGACAAUUACGGUUUUGAGCCGUGGCAAACGCAACAAAGAAUCGGAAGUGGCCGAUUUAACGAUCGAUUUGGCCACGUUGAAGAAUGGCUUCGAAACGGAAGAAUGGUAUCAAUUGAACGGAAUGACUCCGAUGGGAGAAUGGGGUUCGUUGCGCCUGCGAAUGCGUUAUUUGGAUGAUUUAAUUAUGCCAUGCGAUGAGUACAGCCCAUUGCAGCAACUGUUCCUCGAACCGGAACUCAAUUCGGUCAAAACACUCUCUGAACUGUGCCAUAACGAUCGAAUUCCGUUGGCCACGUCACUUUUGCGCGUUUUUCGCCGUGAAAAACGUGAAACGGAAUUGUUGCGAAUCUUAUGUCAAGCCGAAAUUGCCCGUGAAAAUGAAACUGCCACUCUAUUCCGAGGUGCAUCGUUAUCGACUACGCUUAUGGAUUUGUAUAUGCGAACCGAGUGCGGAGCUUUCGUACAAUCGGCUCUCUCUGAUACCGUUUCGAGAAUUCUCGAUAGCAAACAGUCGGCCGAAUUGAAUCCAACAAAAAUGGACGACAUCGAAGAUGCAUGCUCGAAUGCGGAAUUUUUACUUCAGAUUCUGGAUUUGGUGACCCAAUCUAUUUUCACCUCGCCAGAAGAGUGCCCACGAACCGUUCGCUACAUUUGCAACUGUUUGCAGAGAUCGGUUGUCGCCAAGUGGCCAACAGAACGUUUAGUUCGCACCAGAGUCGUUUCAGGAUUUAUCUUCUUACGUCUUUUGUGCCCAGCUCUCUUAAAUCCACGACAAUUCGGUCUGGUCACAGAAACACCAUCGAAUACAGCAACACGCUCUCUUAUCAUGAUCGCCAAAUGCUUACAAAAUUUGGCCAAUUUGGUUGAAUUCGGAGGAAAGGAACCUUAUAUGGAAGUCGUCAAUCCAUUCAUAUUGAAGAACAAGGAGCGUAUGAUUGUUUUCUUGGAUCAAUUGUCAUCGGUUACCGAUCCAAAUCCUCCGCCUGGAUCUUACGUGGAUUCAAAUUCGAAUCACAAGUGCUCCGACACAGGUCGCGAACUGGCGACUCUGCAUCACAUUUGCGUUUCAUAUUUACCGGAAUUGCAACGAAUUGCCAAAACGAAUGCGUCAAUUAAAAAAUUGGUUACCGUUACCGAUAUGCUGACCAAGCAUAAAUUGAAAUACCGCGAGAUGAUAAGUUGAAUGAAUUGAAUAUUGUCGAGUUGAAGUAUUGGUCAGCUUUGGAUAAGCUCAUUACAAGCAAGGACGAUAACUUACAAAUAACGAAAACCAAAAAGAAAGAAAGAAAAGAAAUACAUUAAGCUGCGAACGAAGAUUCGAAUUUAUUAUAAUUUCUCUUUAAAAGUCAAAAACUUCCAUGUGUCUUUGAUAUAAUCGAACGUUCAUUUUAUAUUUUAUAACGUCUGUUGGCGAAACCUAUUCAAUUUUGGAGGAUAUUUCUAUUCCAAGCCGAUUCAGGAUUACCAAAGUCAUUCUACAAUUCUAUAUAACAGUUCUUUUUUGUGUAUUAGUAAAAGAAAAGAGAAAAAGUAGUGGGCCAGAAAUAGCUGAAAUAAUAUAUUCCAAACGAUGAAUGAAAAACAAA